GCCAUCGCUGUUUCUCGUCUCUCGAUUCCUCUUCCUCGCCUAUCUCUGACGUCUCUCUCUAUCUCUCAUGGAUUCAUCCAAGGAGAUCUUGCUCGAGAUCUUCCCCUACGUCAGAGUCUACAACAACGGCACCUUCGACCGCCUUGCCGGCUUCGAGAUUGCCCCGCCGGGCCUCGACCCCGAGACCCAAGUCGAGUCCAAGGACGUCCUCAUCCUCCCCGACACCGGCAUCUCCGCCCGAAUCUACCGCCCCUCCUCCGCCUCCGCCGCCACGAAACUCCCCCUCGUCGUCUACUUCCAUGGCGGGGCCUUCAUCAUCGCCUCCAUCGCCGACCCCAAGUAUCACGCCAGCCUCAACUCCCUUGUUGCCGAGUCCAAUGUCAUCGUCAUCUCCGUUGACUAUCGCCGAGUCCCCGAGCACCCUCUCCCCACGGCCUAUGAUGACUCCUAUGCUGCUCUGCAGUGGAUCGCUUCCGAGGAAGCCCGGAGCGAGCCGUGGCUCAGGGACCAUGCCGACUUUGACCGGCUAUUCCCCGUCGGCGACAGCGGCGGCGCCAACAUGUCGCACCACUUGGCCAUGCGACUCAGGGAUGAUGUACUGGGCAAGCGGGUCAAGCUCUCGGGGAUCGGGAUGAUACAACCGUACUUCUGGGGCGAGAAACCGAUCGGGGCGGAGGUGGCGGACCCUGGCCGGAAGGCGUUGGUGGACAGCUGGUGGCGGUUCGUGUGCGUGUCGGACAAGGGGUGCGACGACCCGCUGAUCAACCCGUUCGCGGACGGGGCCCCCGGCGUGGACGGGCUGGCGUGCAAGAAGGUGCUGGUGAUCGUGAGCGAGAAGGACAUACUGAGGGACAGAGGGAGGCUGUACUACGAGAAGCUGGUGGAAAGCGGCGGGGCGGCGGCGGAGAUCAUGGAGAUCGACGGCGAGGAUCACGUGUUCCACAUCUUCGACCCGAGCUGUAAGAAGGCCAAGAGGCUGUUCGAACGGGUGGCCGCGUUCGUCAACACCGGUGGUGAUGAUCGCAAGAAAGGUGCAUGAUGAAACAAGAGAAACGUUGGAAAAACUGAGGGAGUUGAAGAAGUUUUCUUAUUGCUUUGCCUGUCGCUGCUGUGGUUUCUUGUCUUUGUCAUGUUGUCGGUGAUCGUCGAUACAUUCUUGGCCCCGAGAGUGUGGGUAGCGUGUCUGACUUCCUGAUCACUUUUGCUGAUCAUUGUUCUAAAAACAUCAGUA